AUGGCCAUGUGUGACCAUGAGUAUAAGUUUACUGUAGUUGAUGUGGGUGCUUUUGGCAGUAAUUGUGAUGCUGGAGUAUUAUCUAAAUCGAUAUUUGGAAAAGCACUGUAUGAUGGAACACUCAACAUACCUCAUAAAACUAAAAAAUUACCUCAAUCGAAUAUAAACUUGCCUUAUUUUGUCGUUGGUGACGAAGCUUUUCAAUUGCAUAAAAAUGUAAUGCGUCCAUAUCCUGGUAGAUUUUUAAGUAAUGAUAAAAAUAUAUUUAAUUAUCGUUUGUCACGUGCAAGACGCGUCAUUGAAAAUGCUUUCGACAUUCUGGUAUCAAAAUGGCGAAUACUUCGUCAUCCAAUAUGUGCUCAUCCGUCAACAGUAGAUCGAAUAGUCACGGCAUGUAUAUUUUUGCAUAAUUUUUUAAUGACGGAAAAUGCAAAACAGCCUGCUUGUGAACAAACUUAUUGCUCAUCAAAUUUUAUUGACCAUGAUGAUGAUAUGAGAAGAACAAUUCCAGGAAUAUGGAGUGAUGAAAUGUCAAAUAUUGAAGGUUUAGGAUCUACUAGUGCACAUAGAGCAACUCGUGAAGCCUAUGAAAACAAUGAGAAACUUUAA